AUGGUUAGAAAUUACAAAAAGAGAAAAGAAAAUUCUGUGAAUGAAGACGAUGCUGAAAGAGCUGUAUUAUGUGUUGUCAACAAUGGCAUGAAGCUGAAAACUGCUGCUGGUAUAUAUAACAUAAAACCAACUACUUUAUACAACAGAGUUAAAAAUUAUAAAGAGAAUAUUACUCUAAAAAGUAAAGAAUAUAUUAGCAAACACACAGUUUAUCAAGUUUUUACAAAUGAUGAGGAAUAUAUGCUGGAAAAGUAUUUCUUAAGAAUGUCUAAAAUGAACUACGGCUUGACCUACGUGCAAGCGAGAGAGAGAAUUGGCAUACCAAUAUGC